UCAUAGUAGUAAUAACGCCAUGCCAAAGGGAGGAAAAAUCGGACAAAAACAGUCCGUUCUGAAAAGAAGUUGUCGAAAAAAGAUACCAAAAUUCAAGGGAGUCCAAAAGCAGAAGAAACUUCCCGUGGAAGUUGCGAGAAAUUCUGCUACAGAAAUCACGUUUGUCGGUGAAGAUGAUAUUGUGAGCGAGCAAAUUCCACCGCCCGCUGCUUCGGCGUCAUUUAGAAAACUUGCUGUCGAAUGCACAGAAAGCUCUUCGGAUGAAAGUAUGGAUCCGAAAGGUGAAAUACCAGAAGGAUACCGGCUUGUGUCCAUUAAUAGUCUUGUGGAAUUUGCGAGAAGGAUUCAUUCCAAUUCGCCAUGUUCUUCCGACCAUCUAGAACUUCGAGAAAUAAGCACAAGCCGAUUUGGCCUCAGUAGCAGCUUAUAUGCUGUUUGUGAUGAUUGUGGUCUGUCGGAAUUUCUGGCCACCGGUGAUCAUAAUCCCUCCGACAAUGCCCCCAGAACUGUGCAGGGAAAAGAUUUAAAUCGCAGAGUGGUUUACGCUGCCAUUGAGAUGGGAAUUGGCAGAGAAGAUGUUUCCAAGUUUUGUGAAAUAUUGAAUAUGCCUUUUUCCUUGAGCAAAGAUACCUGGCACAGUCAUGAGGAUGCCUUGCUUCAAGCUCACACUGAAGUUGUCCAGGUUGAAUUGGAGAAAAACAGAAGGGAAGCAAGGAAGCUGGCUAUGACAGAAGAAGGGAUCAGUGCAGGGGAUGAGGACACUGUAGUAAACAUCCCAGUCAGUUUUGAUGGCACAUGGUCCAGGAGAGGAUACACUGCCAACCAUGGAAUUGGUUUUGUUAUCUCAGCUGCAACUGGAAAGGUUUUGGAUUACGAAGUCAUUUCAAAGGUAUGCAACACUUGCAUACAAAAAAAAUCAUCUUUAAAUGAACAUGACUUUGAACAGUGGGCUGAAAACCAUACCUGUCUGGGUAGUUUUGGAGGCUCAAGUGCUAGCAUGGAGAUGGAAUCUGCAAAGCGUCUGUGGGGUAGGAGUCAAGACUACUCCAUUCGAUACAAAUUUAUGAUUUCCGAUGGAGACUCUAAGUCUUAUAGUGCCAUUUGGAACUACUAUGGGGCAUGUGACACUUGUAAUCAAUAUGAAUCUUUAGAGUCAACAAGUGAAGAAUACAAAAUUUGGAAGGCAUCUGAAGAUUAUGUCAAGUGGGAAAAUGAACAUCUUGAUGGAUCUGUGGAUUGCAAUAGAGUAAUCAAACUUGAUUGUAUUGGACAUGUCCAGAAGAGGCUAGGAAAGGCUCUGUACGAAUUUCAAAGAACUGCUUUAAAACUAGAAGAUGGUAAGCCUGUGAAAGGAAGACAGGGUCGAUUAACAAAAACAGCAAUUGAGAAAAUGAAACGCUCUUAUGGGAAAGCUAUUCGAAAUAAUGUCAACAGAGACAUUAACUCUGUAGAGGAGCGAGAUGCUGCUGUCCAGGUUAUGCAGACUGAAAUUAUGGCUGGCUUGUACCACAGCUUGAAGUUACCAAACAAAGAAAGACACAAGUAUUGCCCAAACAAUUCUUGGUGCAGGUACAAGAAGAAAAUUCCUUGCCCUGAUAAGCCUCACCACCUAGAUCCGGUGUUUGAAAAGUAUUUGCAUCCUAUUUAUGAGAGGCUCAGUGAUCCUGCCCUUCUUUCACGCUGUCUUCCUGGGUUUACUCAAAAUGCAAAUGAGUCUAUCAAUUCAUUAGUGUGGAUUAGAUGCCCAAAACACAAAUGGCAUGGAAGGAAAAGAAUUCUUUUGGCAACAGCAUCAGCUACCCUUCAAUUUAGUGCAGGAGCAACAGCAAAGCAUGAGGUGAUGGCAAGGGCUGGGCUUGCUGUUGGGGGCCACACCAGGAAAGAGAGCACCAGAAGAGACUCUGAGCGAAUCAAAAAGGCUGAAAAAAGGAUCCAGGAUCAACAUAAGAAAUACAGAGUUGCUCGAAGACAAGCAAAACAAAGAGAUGAGGAGCAGCGGAGACAAAAAGAGGGCACAACAUACAGUGCUGGUGCUUUCAACGAACUGACUGUUACUACAGCACCAGCAAAAAAAAGAAAAAAAAAAUAGAAAUUGUGAUUUAUAACUAGAAAAUGAUCUCAGGAUACUUUAAUAAGGCUGUUUUUUAAAUUAAUUAAUGAUUGUUUUGUUUAAUGGAUGUUUCACCACUGAUUUUGCUUUCGAAAUUUUUAAGCAGCAUUUUUCUCAAAAAGGCAAUUUUACGGGGUUUUUAGAUGCCCACCUAGACUUUUUUCAUUUGCUUUUAUCCAUUUUCUGCCAAAUUUGGCUCAGUUACAUAUGAAAGGCUGCUCUACAAACCUAUUGAGCCUUUUUCCUUUUUGAUGAAUUCUGUUGAAGUUAUUCCAGGUUAAACUCUUUACAAAAGUAUGCUGUUGCUAUGACAACACAAUUUGGUGAAAACCAAAAUUGCUCAAUAGGUUUGUAGGAGAGUUUGUGUAGUGUUAUUGUGUGAAAUAUUAUGCUUACUGUAUUACUAGAACAGAAAAAAAAGUAGUGGGGCAUAAAAUUAGUGAGAAUUAGCCUCCAUGAUGAAUUUGGUUAAUAUUUAACCAUAAAUUUGCUUAUUAUGGUCUGCGAACCAUAUGCCACAUUAGGUUGUGGGUUAGUCUAUUUGCAUGCAAAAUUUUAUGGUGAUACAUUAAAUAGCUGGAGUUUUAUAA